UACACCCACCGCGUCUACCCCCGCCACUCCGGCCGGGCGCCGCCGCCUCCCCGCUAGGUCCGCCGGCGGCUCCGCUCGGCUGCUGCCCAGGAUGAACAUCAUGGACUUCAACGUGAAGAAGCUGGCGGCCGACGCGGGCAUCUUCCUCAGUCGUGCCGUGCAGUUCACAGAAGAAAAGCUUGGCCAGGCAGGGAAGACAGAAUUGGAUGCUCACUUAGAGAACCUCCUCAGCAAAGCUGAAUGUACCAAAAUAUGGACAGAAAAAAUAAUGAAACAAACUGAAGUGUUACUACAGCCAAAUCCGAAUGCCAGGAUAGAAGAAUUUGUUUAUGAGAAACUGGAUAGAAAAGCUCCAAGUCUUAUAAACAACCCAGAACUUUUGGGACAGUAUAUGAUUGAUGCAGGGACUGAGUUUGGCCCAGGAACAGCUUAUGGUAAUGCCCUUAUUAAAUGUGGAGAAACACAGAAACAAAUUGGAACAGCAGACAGAGAGCUGAUUCAAACAUCAGCCUUAAACUUCCUCACUCCUUUAAGAAACUUUAUAGAAGGAGAUUACAAAACAAUUGCUAAAGAAAGAAAACUAUUACAAAGUAAGAGACUAGAUUUGGAUGCUGCAAAAACCAGACUUAAAAAGGCAAAAGCUGCAUAAACUAGAGCUUCAUCUGAACAGGAAUUAAGAAUAACUCAAAGUGAAUUUGAUCGUCAAGCAGAGAUUACCAGACUUCUGCUACAGGGAAUCAGCAGUACACAUGCCCGUCACCUCUGCUGCCUGAAUGACUUUGUAGAAGCCCAGAUGACUUACUAUGCACAGUGUUACCAGUACAUGUUAGACCUUCAGAAACAACUGGGAAGUUUUCCAUCCAAUUAUCACUGUAACAACAAUCAGACAUCGAUGGUACCUACAUCAUCUGCUGCUUCAUCAAAUGUGAUUGGUUCUUCUGCUUUGACUCCAACAAGUGGCCUCGUAAUCACCUCUUCUUCCAACCUCACUGACCUUAAGGAGUGCAGUGGCAGCAGGAAGGCCAGGGUUCUGUAUGAUUAUGAUGCUGCAAAUACUAGUGAAUUGUCACUUCUGGCAGAUGAGGUGAUCACUGUGUUCAGUGUCAUUGGAAUGGAUUCAAACUGGCUAAUGGGGGAAAGAGGAAAUCAGAAGGGUAGGGUGCCAAUUACCUACUUAGAACUGCUCAAUUAACUAGGUGGACUAUGGAAAGAAUACCCAUCAUGACACUGUAUUUAUAUACAAUUAACUCAAAAUAAAGCAGGUUUAAGUGUCUUCCAUGUUAAUGUCUUAAGAGACUGAAAAGAAAACACCAGCCAUCAGAAACCAGUCUUUCUGCCAAUAAAAUUGCAUGGUAAAUAUUUC